AUGGGAGGUAAAGAGAUUGGCAGUACAAUGAGAAGGAGAAUCAUGUGUGAAAAGAAAGUAAAGUCUCCUGGAUCAGAUAUUUCGUACGAUGUUUGUGUUGUGGGUGCGGGAGCGUUUGGCUCGUGUACUGCAUACCAUCUCUCUAAAUUCCCGAACUUGGAUAUCUGUCUAGUGGGACCUGGAGAACCAGAAAAGAAGAGCAGGAAAGAAGCAGUGUUCGGGUGCCACUACGACGAAGGCAGGAUAACACGAGUCAUAUCAGAUGUUAAAACGUUCCAGCUGCUAUCGUACCGCAGUACUCUCAAGUUCGCCCAGUUGGAAAGAGAGUCUGGGCUCAAGAUUUUCUCCGAAGUAGGAUACGGUAUGGUGGGUGUUAUAAUCGGAAAGUUCGCUAUCGAGGUGAAAAAUGGUGACGAAUUUUGCGAGAAGAAUGGCAUUGAUUACGAGAUUUUGGAUGAAAAGACUGACAGCGAAAAAUGGAGUUAUUUUGUUCCCCCGAAAAACUUUACAGGAAGGUUGGUUGGGAAGCUGAGUGGAUAUCUGAGUAUAAGGAACCUUAUAAGAGCUGCUAAAGUAGUUGCUAGUAAUACUGGGGUUCACUACAAAGAAAUCGUAGCAACUAGUAUUCACAAGAUAGGUGACAUGUUCCAGAUAAAACUUGCUGAUGACACGAUAAUCAACAGUAAAAAAAUUGUCCUCGCAUGUGGCUCCUUCAUCAACUUUUUCGAUUUCCCCCUUCAGAAACCUCUCCAACUGGAGUUGAUGGGCCACUCUGUCAUGAAGUUUGAAGUAAGUGAAGAGGAUUACGAACUAACUAAAGAUUUCCCGGCAAUGAACUAUCGAUACGAUCCAAAGAACGGAGAUGUCUAUCUCUUCAUCCUACCUCCAAUCCAAUACCCAAACGGUAAAUAUUACAUAAAACUAGGCCACACUGCGGACUACCCUGCGGAGGGGUUAGAACAGAGUUUGGGGACGCUGGAGGAGGUUAAAGAUUGGUACUGUAUGGAGGAUUAUACUCCCGCUAGGGAUCACUUCACUAAAUAUUUCAAACAGAUGUUCCCCUCAAUAGUUCCCGUCUCAGUGCAGUUAGACCACUGUGUCAUAUCACUCACUAAAACGGGCAGACAGUAUAUUGGGUUUGAUUCUGAAAAUGUUCUGGUGGCGGCUGGCGGCAAUGGGGCUUCAGCAAAAAUGGGACUUGAGAUUGGGAACAUUUGUGCCAAUAGCAUUGUGAAGGGGGAGUGGGAUUACGAUUUAGAUGAAAUCGAUUUUAGAAUUGUUUAUAAAAAGUAAAUUUGUUUGAAACUGGAAUUGUCUAAUUAUCACUGUCCAUUUAUUUAUAAUAGUGUAUUAGCUGAACUGUUUGAUAAUCAGUUUAGGAAACAAUCCAACGUA